AUGAAUUAUGAAUUUUCAGUUAAUGGCCAAAAGGUGAGUAUUCUAAACACUGCUAAAUCCCUUUUGGAUUGUCAUCUACUUAGACAUUAAUAUAAUAGAUCUUAAAAGUAUACUCCAAUUAAGAAAGUCUAGAAUUUUCAAUUUGCCCUAAAUUCUCUAAGUCAAACAUAAACAUCCUGUCAGCUAUCAACCAAUCGAUCGAAGCGCACUCUCUAGAGUUCUCAAAAAAGUAGAAGAGAAAAGAGGUUUGUUCCAAGUGAAUUAAGUUAAAAUUUGGAAUUCAUAGAAAAACUACCGAAAAGCAAUUAAUCAUCCAUUCAAAGAUUAAAUUCACCCACUUAGCAUGUUCCAAAUCUUUAAUUCAAUCUUAAUUAUCAUUUAAGAUAGUUAAAAUUUAAGUAAUAAUCAUAAAAGGACCAAUUUUGGUAAGAUUUCUCAAUAACUCCUACUCCUAGAGGAUUUACAAAUAGAGUAUAUAAGAUUAAAAAGAAUGAUCCAAAAUUGUAGUUUUACAUGGACUGCUCCAAACGUGUAAAUGAAUGA